UUUUAUGGGGAUAGAUAAUUAAAGUGGAUAUUUGUGGAGUAAUGCCGAUUAAGCAGGACUUGUGAGUGCCUUGUUGAUGUGAAAAAGUUGCAAUUUUGUUUGGAAAAAGAAGCGGGUUGAGUCGCCAUGGAGGAAGAGAAAAAGGAAUUAGAAGCUGACGAGCCCUCGCGUGGCUGGUGGGCGAGGCUCGGCAAGAACGAAACGUUUCGAAAAAUGGUCGGCCAUUUGUCGUUAAUUUUCGCCCUCUUGGUCUACACUUUCAUCGGCGCUCUGGUGUUUCAAGCAUUAGAAUACGAUGAGGAGGUGAUUCAGCAAGAAACCUUGAGGGUUCAACUCAUGCAAGACCGCCGCCAUUUUAUACAAGAGAUCCUUAAUCUAACAGAGAGCGCUGGGUUAUCCCGUUCUUUUUCGUCUUUGUAUAAUGACCAAGAGGGAGGGAUGGGAAAAAGCCACACCGAGGGAGAGUGGGAAUACGAAGAGGAGAGCGAAAGGGCAGAGAAAGAAGAAAGAGUCUCCACGAUGCUGAGGUACUACGAACAGGUUGUGGUGGACAGCGGCGACGCUCGAGUAACACCUCUACAGGCCGGGACGGAACCUGGCUGGUCUUUCCCGCAGAGUGUGUUCUUCACGGCGACGGUUCUAACGACUAUAGGCUACGGCAACAUCGCCCCCAUGACCGUCCGAGGCAAGAUCUUCUGCAUCGUCUUCGCCCUCGUCGGCAUUCCCCUCACACUCACGAUCAUCAGUGACAUGGGCGAGGUGUUGGCGUCGCUCGUGCCCGUGGAGACGCUCUCGAAGAUGCUGCCGAAAGGAAAGCUCCGCCCCGUCGUGACCGUCCUGACCGUGCUGUGUCUACUGGUGGGCAUCAUAGCUUUGGGAGGCUGCAUCUUCGCCCCGCUGCAGAGAUGGACGUUCAUGGAUGCUUUUUACUUCUGCUUCAUCACUACAACUACCAUCGGAUUUGGGGAUCUCGUGCCCGACGUCGGGAAGACCUGGUCCCUGAUGGGCUGCACGCUGUACAUCCUCGUGGGUCCUGUGUUCACCUCCACCGUGAUCGAGCUCGUCCGCCGCCAGUACGCUUCGUCGUGGGAGCAGAUGAAACAGCUGUCACUUCGACUCAACACGAUCUCGGGUCCACUCGCUGAAGCUAUGAGGAAGAUGGCGGAGACUGGGGCUGGAGAGGUGGAAGUGGACGCCAAUCUAGUGAGGGAGCUUCGCGACUUGGACUCCGCCUUCACUCGCGUUCUGAGGGAGGAGGAGGGAGGCCAGCUCGAGGAGAAGGAGCCCGAGGACGACCCUUGGACGGCGCUGCUCAACAUGGCCGCCAAGAAGAAGAGAAUCACGAUCCUAAUGUACGAGAGCAGCGUGUGAAAAUCUCGAACGUGUUUUGGUUUCUAAUCUACUCUGUGGGGGAUCGAAGAGUUUAUAUGUUUUGGUUUGUUUUGCCACUUUCGGAUGAAUCCCCUUUUAGUGUAGUUAUUGUUCUGGUCUUGCCUCUAUUAAAAAAAAAUAUAUAUUAUAUAUAGUGGAGAUUAGCCCUUAGACUUAAUUUCGCAUCACCCUCGUCAAUAAGAUGCUGAGAAUUGAGAAUAAUAAUUGAAAAACAACUCUGUAAAAUAUAGAUGAUGUUCAAUUGUUCACAGGAUUUAGAAAAUUUUAUCGCGGGGGUAUCGAACUGAAAACCGUUCGAGGGCUAAUUUUCAUUUCAGUUAUCAACUUUUUAGGACAAACAAAUACCUGGAUUUUAGGAUUACGUAAUCAAAAACUCUGAUAUUAUAAAGUGAAGUUUAUUUUACUUAUUGAAUUGUAAUCAGUGGGCAAAUGAUAAUAACGUCCAUAUGUAUAUGUAUUAAGCUUGGACUGUUACAGUUUAUUGUACAAUUAUUAUGUAUUUAUGAUACAUUUAUUUUUUCAAACAUGAGAAUUCUACCUUGCCAUGGCACUAUACACACAGAACAUGCAAGUUUUACUGUUUUAUUUUCCACUAACUACAUUACAUUUUUGUUCAUUAUUCCAUACGCUAUGCUCAUAAUUCUCGUCAUAUAGCUGGCCAUUUAUGACCACACCGAAUGCUACAAAUGCUCCGCUGGACAUAACUUUGACACUAUAUGGAGUGUGCUAUUAUCUGUGUCUAUACUUCGAGUUUUAUUCUAACUUUAUUAUUAAAAUACUUAUUUAUUAAACAUUUAUCUUCCAUG